AUGGCUAACAAAUUUAAAUACAUUUUCUAACAAAAUUAUAAUCGAGUGAUAAAGAGAAUAGAUGAUACAGAUGCAAUUUAUUUUUGGCUAAUUUGUGAUAUCCUGAAACUAAAAUAUCCAAAUCCAUUAAAAUAUUUUUAUUCGUUUGAUGAUACACUUAUUUUGAUUAUUAGAAUUAUCAUCUAGCAUAUGAGGUUUAAUUGA